UUGACAUGUUUCAUCCUGAUCUAAUGUUAUUGGGGUGGGUCAGUGUUGUGAUGGUAAUGGUGUUAGGUUGUGGUGAUGCUAAGUGGUUUGUCUCGAGUUGGUAGACUUUGAAGGAAAUAAUUAACUAUUGGGCUUCUAGUAUGUAAUCUAUCAUAUGAUUACUCUUCGAACAAUAAAUUUCCUGCCUGCCAAGGAGCUCCUUGUUGUUACCAAUAUUUUGUGGUGGGUUGUGAGUAAGAGCUAAAAGUUUAUUUAUUGUGAUAUUAUAGAUUAUCUCAUACGACGUUUUUGCAUUCUAUGAACUGUCAUAUUCCAGCAUAUCAUGUAAAAAAUUAUACACCUUUAGGUAGUAUCCUGUAUAUAUGGUGACAUUUGUAGUCAAUCUUUUGGAUUUCAUCUUGUUGGAUGCCUCUAAAUCCUAACUUUGCCCAACUUAUAUUUGGUUGUGGGCUCCAUUCUAGAAUUAAUUUUGAUGAGCUUAUUUUUCUCUUGGGGGUAGGACUUGAACUAUAAUUUGCUUAAUCUGUUGCAGUUAUGAACAUGAGUUGAAUUUUAUACAAUAUCUUAACACAUUUGAUUGGGUUCCAUACAAUUCCCUGGCUUUAUCAGUGUGGCUGCUGAUUAUUGUUAGAACUUUUUGAUGGGUGCACACUUCUAAUUAUUUGGUAUUCGUUCCUGAUGCAGUUCAAAGUGUUUACAUUCAGAUUGCUUGUACACAAUGGUCAAUGCUACCAAGGGGCUGUUUAUCACAUGUGACAUACCUAUGGCGCAGUUCAUCAUUAAUAUGAAUUCUUCACUUCCGGCUUCGCAGAAGUUUAUAAUACAUGUGCUUGAUAGCACUCACUUGUUUGUGCAACCCCAUGUGGCUGAAAUGAUUCGUUCUGCCAUUGUGGAUUUCAGAGAUCAAAAUUCUUAUGAGAAGCCUGCUUGAUUCGUGAUCCUUGGCUGCCAAAUUUUUUUUUUUUAUUCUCUUUCUAAUCCACUUGCAAAACAUACAUAUGAUGCCAUUUAAGGCAUUUAAGCAUAUUUGAACUCUGUAACUAUUCCAGUUAUACUUAAUUCAACUUCCAGAUGAUUGUGCUCCAUGAAGAAAAAUGCUAUGUUCUGUUUU